CAUAAAGUCUCCCUCGGAGCAGAACGGUGGUCAUAAGUUCUCUGGGUUCUCUCUGACCGUUUGAGAAGCUGUCGAUCAUCAACCCAAUGCGCAAUUGCGCAGCGAGGACCCAACGGUGACCGAUGACCGGAGGAGAGCGUCUGGACAGCGCGUCGCUCCACGAGACUGAACAUCACAGUUGCUAUUGGCUAUUAUUGCCUUGAAUUUGAUUAACAAUUAAAUUACAGACCAAAAAUAAUCAAUCCAUUCCCUUACAGGGAUCUUAUCUGGAGUACUUUUUUGGAAGGAGCCGUUCCUUCAAGAAAAUGUUUGAGAUGUCAAGUUGGACCUUUUUCAUCACGGGACACUUCAAUGGAGGAAACUUCCUAGCAGGAAUUUUCAUAUAAAUCGUCCAGAAUAUCUGAGCGGGACUUUUGAGCACUCCUAAACAUGCAAACAGCGGACGUAGCCGCUUCUGUGUUUGUUUUGGUGAUCAUCGUCGUUUCGUUGCUGUCCAACGUGGUGGUGCUGAUCUGCUUUCUGUACGACCCGCAGAUCAGAAAGCAGGUUCCCGGGCUUUUCAUUCUCAACUUGACCUUCUGCAACCUGUUGCUGAGCGUUUCCAGCAUGCCACUGACUGUGGUGGGGCUGAUCACCAAGGGGCACCCCGGGGGAACAGUCUUCUGUCAGUUAGUCGGUUUUCUCGACACUUUUCUCCUCACCAAUUCGAUGCUCACCAUGGCCGCGCUGAGCAUCGAUAGAUGGGUGGCUGUGGUGUUUCCACUGAGCUACCACUCUCGGAUCCGCCACCGGGAUGCAGUCAUCGCCCUCGGGUACACCUGGAUACACUCUCUCUGCUUCUCCACGGUGGCCACCUGCCUCUCCUGGCUCGGGUACCAUCCGCUUUACGCCUCGUGCACGCUGUGCAACGCCAGAGCGAGCGGCGCCAAAGCGCAUUUCAUAGCGUUCAACAUGGUGUUGCACGCUCUCACCUUCCUACUCACCCUGGUGGUGAUGUGUGUCACCUAUCUGAAGGUGCUGCAGGUGGCCAGGUUCCACUGUAAACGCAUCGACGUGAUCACCAUGCAGACGCUCGUCCUACUGGUGGACAUCCAUCCCAGCGUGCGCCAGAGAUGUCUGGAUGAGCAGAGGCACAGGAGACAGAGGGCCACCAAGAAGAUCAGCACCUUCAUUGGCACCUUUGUGCUCUGCUUCAGCCCCUAUGUCAUCACAAGAGUCCUGGAGCUGUUCUACCAUGGGCCCAUCAGCCCUCACUGGGCUGUCUUCACUAAGUGUCUGGCCUACAGCAAAGCAGCCACUGACCCAUUUGUGUACUCCCUCCUGCGUCACCAGUACAGGAAGACCUGCAGCCUUUUAGCCAACAAGAUCCUCAAGAGGAACCUAUUUAACUCCUCCUCUGCUCCUUGGGUGGAGAACCACGGGCCCCACCUCCCAAAGACCACCACAACCAAUGAGGAUCCGCAUUACGUCAAGCAUUCUGUCCAAGGAAGGGCCGCCUCUCUUUAGGCCAGAGUGUACUCCUGUGUGGACCCCUACUGUUUAGCCAACAAACCCACCACUACAGGUCACAUGCACCUCUCCAGUAUGUAACCUCACGUCAGGUCGAUGGAUGCUUCGUCUUUCCCAAAAUGUUUCAUGGUUCAUGUAUGAAGGAGGAAUGGAGGAGGUUUGCGUCUAAAUGUUUGUAUGUACACAACACAUCUUCACAUUAUAGAAGAUAAGCCAGAUGUCACCACAUCUGGAGGACCACGCUGUUGCUCAGACUCACUGACGCAGACGAAGAGACCCAAUGAGGCGUAACGACGGCAGCUUUAAGAUGCAGAGGUGUCAUUUAGGCUUACUCCCACUGAGGUUUACUCAUCAACGUUACGAGGUCCAGCGGUCAGCAGCACUGAUGUUGAACACUGUCACUCAGUUUCAAGGAACCACCGUGGUUUGAACAGCCAACCAGAGCAGCUUCAGUAUAUUCAUGAGUCUUGAUGAUAUAAAGUUAGAACAUUAGUUUCUACUUGAAUAAAUGACAGGUCAGAGCAUCAUGGCAUUAGUUGUAAGUUGCUAGACGUUACCAGCAUUUGUUUUUUCUUGUGUAUUAUAAAUGCAGAUACAGCUGAAACAAGCUGGGUGUUUGAUGCCAAACUUAACUGUUGUAUUAGCGGGUUGAACGAAUUGGAAAUGACAAGAUUAUAAUGAUGCAAUUAAGCACCAUUAGUGUCCCUGUUGGUGGCAAACAAGUUAUGCACGAUAUAGCUCAGGGAACCUUGGGUUAGUUCUCCCCUGGUUUGUUGCCUGAUGAAGAAUGGCAUUGGUGUAUUGGUGCACUGAUUGAGCAGUUGUCUGAACAUGUUACUAUGUUGCCUGACUGUAAUUUAAGUUCAGACCAUGAGGUGAUUUCCUGGAUGAUUAGUCAAUCAGGAUUCUCUCAGUCACAAUGGAGCAGUUUGGCUCCUGUCACGGGACUGCUACUUUUAAAAAUUAGGAAUGAUUAAAUUAUUAUAGGUUCAAACAAACGCGGGGCGACGCUAGGAGCCAGGGUGGAUGGAUUCACAUUCUCAAACGUUCGGUUGAGAAUGUUAAUUGGGAAGAGGCUGCAAAUUAUGAUUCAUUUAUUUUCAGAAAAACGAUGUUCAGGUUUUUGCAAAUUUUGCUUGUGAUCUUUGGGAAAUAAAUGCUGUGCAUUUGAUGUGUGUUCUGCUGUGUGCUAAGCCCGGGCCCCCAGCCCGGGGCCCCGCAAGGACCCCCCAGCUCU